AUGCAAAGCAAGCAGGGAGACAUUCCUUUCUAUGACGACAGGGCGUUUCGUCAGGAGGAGUCAGGACCGCCGUCCACUGUCCCCCAGCAGGGUCUGCAGCCCGUGGACCCAAAUCAGACCCAGCGCAGCACCCCAGCGGCAGCUCAUCCUCCAGUGAAGAAGAAUUGCUGCAUCAGCGAUGAAUGCGUGAUCCUGCUCUUAUUUGCGGCUAUAAUCGCCAUUUUGACAGCGCCUGUCGUAAUCCAGUUCGACAUGUUUGGUGCAGUUGGUGCAGUUGGUGCAGUUUGUGCGGUUUGUGCGAAGGGACCGAGCUGCAUCAAACCUUCCCAGUGGUGUGACGGGAUCAGGGACUGUUACGACGGGGAGGAUGAAUCCAACUGCUUCCGUCUUCAUGGGACCAAGUCUGUGCUGGAGGGUUUCUCCUCAGCGAAGCAGAAGUGGAUGCCUGUGUGUGCUCAGGCCUGGAACGACUCCUACGGGCAGGCCGUGUGUGAGCAGAUCGGCUUCCGCAGUCAGGACUAUGUGAGCUCCAGCCAGACCAACGCCGGCCGGCUGGCCUCUGGCGGAUACCUGAAGCUGAAGCCUGGAAGUAAUCCUCACUCGGACCUGAGGUCCCAGCUCGUUCACAGCCUUGCUUGCUCGGAGAAGGCUGUCACGGUUCAGUGUGUUGAAUGUGGCCGGCCUGCGGUGGAUCCCGGGGCUCGUGUCGUGGGCGGCACCGAGGCGGCGAAUGGGGUCUGGCCCUGGCAGGUCAGCCUGCAGAUUAACAACCAGCACCUCUGUGGAGGCUCCAUCAUCAGCCCCAUCUGGAUCCUGACGGCGGCGCACUGCUUCCAAGACUACAAUGACCUGAGCCGCUGGAGAGUGUAUUCCGGAGACGUGAGCCUGUCUGUGAUGGACCGUGGCAGGACGAUCCUCAAGAUCAUAAGUCAUGAAGACUACAACCCGCAGACCAACGACAACGACAUCGCUCUCCUGAGGCUCAGCAGGCCCUUGGUGUUCGGAAGUACCGUGAUGGCGGUGUGUCUUCCAAAUGUUGGCCAAGUGCUUGGACCUCGGAGUGAAGCCUGGAUCACAGGAUGGGGACGCCUGAGCCAGUUCGGAUCGGAUUUACUGAAUCAAGCCCGGGUGAGCAUUUUCAGCAGAGACACCUGCAACCUCCCUCACGUCCUGGGCGGCCUGGUGACCAAGACCAUGUUGUGUGCAGGCAGGCUGCAGGGAGGCGUGGACACCUGCCAGGGCGACAGCGGAGGACCUCUGGUGGUCAGACAGGACGACGUCUGGUGGCUGGCAGGGGACACCAGCUUUGGGUUCGGAUGUGCUCUGAGGAACAAGCCAGGGGUCUACGCCAACGUGACCUACUUCACCGACUGGAUCCACAAGACAAUGAAGGGAGACAUUCCUUUCUAUGACGACAGGGCGUUUCGUCAGGAGGAGUCCGGACGCCCGUCCAAUGUCCCCCAGCAGGGUCUGCAGCCCGUGGACCCAAAUCAGACCCAGCGCAGCACCCCAGCGGCAGCUCAUCCUCCAGCGAAGAAGAAUUGCAGCAUCAGCGAUGAUUCCACAUCGCAGCGCCCCGGGGAGCUGAUGGAGGUCAAGGACCAACAGUGGUGA